AUGAACCACGGAGACCGCUACACCUCGUCCUCCUACCGGAAGAUUUUCGGGGAUUCCCCUAAAUUCCCCGUCUCCUCCUCUCGCAUGGGCAGCGCCUCCUCCCGGAGCACCCCGGGGCUCCGCUCCAUGGCCGGGCCCCGCAACAGUCUCCCCUCCUCCAUGAGCCUGUACAGGCGGGUCGGCCGCUCCUACUCUCCGGUGCCCGCAGACUCCCUGGAUUUGACGCAGACUUCUGUGGUCAACAAUGAAUUCAAAAUGAUUAGAACCAACGAGAAGGAGCAGUUGCAGGGUCUCAAUGACCGCUUCGCCAUGUUCAUCGAUAAAGUGCGGCACCUGGAGCAGCAGAACAAGGUGCUGGAGAUGGAGCUGGUGACGCUGAGGCAGAAACAGGACGAGCCGUCCCGCGUCGCCCUCCUCUACCAGCAGGAGCUCAGGGACCUGCGCUCACAGGUGGAGGAGCUGAGCCGGGACAAGAACCGCAUCCUGAUCGAUAGGAACAACAUGGAGGAUGAGCUGCAGAAGCUCAGUGUGAAGUACGAGGAGGAGGUGAGGGCGCGGGACGAAGCUGAGCAGAACUUGAGGUCCUUCAGGAAGGACGUGGAUGACGCCACAGCCGUUCGCCUGGAUCUGGAGCGCCGUCUGGAAUUGAUGAUGGAUGAAAUCAACUUCCUGAGGACUGUGCAUGACGAGGAAAUCCAGGAGCUGAGCACCAUGAUGGAGAAGCAGCAGGUCUCCGUGGAGCUCGAGCUCGCCAAUCCAGACCUCACCUCGGCUCUGAAGGAGAUCCGCAACCAGUACGAGUCCAUCGCCUCCAAGAACCUGCAGUCGGCCGAGGAAUGGUACAAGAGCAAGUUCGCCAGCCUCAGUGAGCAGGCCUCCAGGACCAACGAGGCCAUGAGGGCCAGCAGGGAGGAGGUCAGUGAGUUCAGGAGACAGCUGCAGUCCAAGACCAUCGAGAUCGAGAGCCUGAGGGGCGCCAACGAGUCUCUGGAGAGGCAGAUCACAGAGAUGGAGGUGGGAAACAACGCUGAAGUCUCAGCCCUGCAGGACACUAUUGGCCAGCUGGACACUGAGCUGAGGAACAUGAAGGGGGAGAUGGCGCUGCACCUGAGGGAGUAUCAGGACCUGCUCAAUGUCAAGAUGGCCCUGGACAUAGAGAUAGCCGCUUACAGGAAACUGCUGGAGGGGGAGGAGACUCACUUUAACUCAGGGAUCUCCUUUGGUGCUGCCAGCUACAGCUACCAGCCUCGAGCCGCAGCCGGCCCCUCCAGGAGCCCGAGGGAGAAGGAGGGGGGGGCCACCAAGGAGAGCUUCAAGGAGAGCAGUGAGGAGAAAGAUGAGGCGGACAUCAACUCCAACAACUGAA